AUGCACUUUGACAUUAAACCUAACAACAUUCUUUUGGACAAGGAUUUCACCCCCAAAAUCUCAGAUUUCAGCCUGGCAAAACUGUGCAAGAAAACGGAGAGCGUUGUAUCACUAUCAGUGUGCGGAGCAAGAGGAACAAUAGGAUACAUUGCUCCAGAAGUUGUCUUCAGAAGCAUUGGAAGUGUGUCACACAAAUCCGAUGUUUAUAGUUAUGGCAUGACGGUUAUUGACAUGGUGGGAGUAAGGGAGAAUGUACACGCGGCUCAGACGAGUGACUUAUAUUUCCCGAAUUGGAUAUAUGAGCAUCUGGAGCAAGGAUUAGAUUUCAGUCUUGAAGGCAUCAGAGAUGAGGAGGAUAAAGAAAUGGCAAUGAAGAUGAUGUUGGUUAGUUUGUGGUGCAUCCAAACCAAUCCAGCAGACCGCCCUUCCAUAAGAAGAGUGGUGGAGAUGUUGGAGGGAAGCAUUGAGUCCUUGGAGAUUCCACCUAAACCAUUUUUCUGUCCUCCAAUUCAUGACUCACUUCACCCGUCCCCUACAUCAUCAGUUACCACAGAAAUCUUAUCUGAGGCAAAACAUUUUUAUUAUAUAAAACUAUGA